AUGGCGGACUCCGAAUUGCCCACUCGCCCUAAGCCCGAGGAGACCCCCGCCGCGGCCCCCGCGGAGGGUGCGGAGCAGAGCAAGAGCGCCAGCAAGAACGCUGCGAAGAAGGCCGCAAAGGAGAAGGCCAAGGCCGAGAAAGCUGCUGCGCGCGCCGCCCAGGAGAAGGCUCAGGCCGCCGCUGCUGAGGCCAACGACACCGCAAAGGAUCUCUACGGCAAGAUCCCCGAAUCCGAAGACGUCCUCCCCACCACGAAGUUCGAUGAUAUUACCGAUGACCACUACGAGAAGGAGAUCACCGUGGUCGCUCGUGUGGACAAUGCCCGUGUUCAGAGUGCCAAGCUGGCCUUCCUGAUGCUCAGACAGCAGGGCAAGAAGGUGCAGGCUGUUAUUGCCGCUGCGGAGCCCAUCUCGAGACAGAUGGUCAAGUACACCGGUGGACUGAACGUCAACUCCAUUGUCCAGGUUACUGGUGUCGUCAAGAAGCCCCAGGUGCCCAUUGCCUCGGCUACACUUAACAACCAUGAACUGCACAUCCGCAAGGUCUACACGAUUGCUGAGGCCGCUCAACAGCUUCCUAUGCAGGUCAAGGAUGCCGAGAGACCGCCUCCGGAGACCACCGAGGAGGGCAACGAGGUUGACGCUGAUGGCGUCCCCAUCGUCACUCUUAAGACCCGUCUUGACAACCGUGUCCUCGAUCUGCAGACUGAGACUAGCCAGGCUAUUACUUGGAUCUCGAGCGGCGUUGCAGAGUUAUUCGCAGAGUACAUGAUCAAGAGCGGCUCGCGGUGGAUCUUCACUCCUAAGCUGGUUUCUUCCGCUACGGAAGGUGGCAGUAACGUUUUCGAGGUCAAGUACUUCAAGAGGAACGGAUACUUGGCCCAGAGCCCACAGCUGUACAAGCAGAUGUGUAUCGCCGGUGACAUGGAAAGCGUGUUCGAGAUUGCUCCCGUUUUCCGUGCGGAGGACAGCAACACCCACAGACAUUUGACUGAGUUCUCCGGUCUUGAUUUCGAGAAGACCUUCCACGGCCACUACCAUGAGGUCUUGGAUUUCGCCGAAGACCUCCUCGUCUUCAUUCUUACCCAGCUUAAGGAGCGCUACAAGGAUCAGAUCGCUGUUAUCCAGAAGUCCUACCCCAAGGCUGGCGACUUCAAGCUUCCCAAGGACGGCAAGGCCCUGCGCUUGAACUACAUGGACGGUGUCGCUCUGUUGAAGGAGGCCGGUGUCGACGUCUCCGAGCAGGAACGAUUUGAGAACGACUUCAGCACGGCUAUGGAGAAGCAGCUUGGCCAGAUCAUUCGCGAGAAGUACGACACUGAUUUCUACGUCCUGGACAAGUUCCCCAUGGCCGUGCGCCCCUUCUACACCAAGGCCGACCCCAAGGAUGCCCGCUUCUCCAACUCGUAUGACUUCUUCAUGCGUGGUGAAGAGAUCAUGUCCGGUGCCCAGCGUAUUAACGACGUCAACGAGCUGAUGGAGUCGAUGCGCGCCAAGGGCAUCAACCCCGACCAGGAGGGCUUUGAGGACUACCUGAAUGCUUUCCGCCAAGGCUGCCCUCCCCACGCCGGUGGUGGUCUUGGUCUGAACCGUAUUGUCAUGUUCUUCCUGGGUCUGCCCAACGUUCGUUUGGCGACCUUGUUCCCCCGUGACCCUCAGCGUCUGCGCCCGUAA